AUACUUUACUAACAAUUGCAUCAGCUAAUCUCAGAUCUAUAUAUACCAGGAUCAACACAUGAACAGCAUCAGUUACUUGAUAAAUCAAAUCAUAUCAACAUGAACUCCUUGGUUGCUUUUGCCUUCGUUGCCCUCAUCGCCUCCACCGCUGCCUCAGGCAUCGGCCUAGGCCUUGGCGCAGUAGGUCUGAUCAACCCCUUGGCUUUGAGCCCCGUAGGACCUUCUGGAGUAGUUACUGGAGCCGGUGCUGCAGGACCUUCCGGAGUUGUUACCGGAGCCGGAGCUGCAGGACCAGCCGGAAUCGUUACUGGAGCUGGAGCUGUAGGCCCCACUGGACCUAACGGAGUUGGAAUUGCGUUGGCUCCAGCUUUGGGAUUGGGUUUGGGACAUGGUGCCGGUUUGGGACUUGGACUCGGUGGACUUGGGCUCGGGCUCGGUGGUUUGGGACUCCACGGAAGAUAGACUUUGAAAUGUUAAUUUGAUUAUGAAUAGGCUACAAAUAUAUUAUUUUUAAUGAUGA